AUGCCUGAUCAGACGAACGAAAACAGGAAGAACAGGUCAUACAGUGAUGAUUUUGUAAGUCUUUUCGGCACUGAUGGUGGCAGCAACAAGCCGAAGGAUAAGAAUGACAACAUUACUAAUGUGAACCCCAGCAAUCUAAGAACAACUUUUGGAUCACUACAAGACCAUCACGAUAUGCCCAAUAAUGAUAUAACGCCGAACAUCCUUUUAGAACAGCUAGCAUAUGUGGAUAAUUUUCUACCAUCCUUAGAGAGGGAUUUUAACAAUUUGGAUUCGUGGAUGAUGGGGGAUGAUAACGCUACUACAAAUAAUGGUCAUAUGAAUCCUUCUCAAUUAAAUGCAGUCACCUCCUAUAAUAAUAUUGACUCCUUUAAUUUAGAUGACCAACUAGCGGCGGAACUUAGUGCAUUUGCUGACGAGUCUUUUAUCUUCCCUGAUGAGGAUAAACCAGCAAAGGAUGAUGAAGAUGAUAAGAAAGAUGAGGAGAAGAAUGAAGAUGAGAAGAGAAAAUCCCAUUUUCUUACUCAAAGAAGGAAUAAUUUCCUAACUUCCCAAUAUGACCAAUCUAAAUCAAGAUUUUCUUCUAAAAAUAAAAUUAAGAAUCAACACAACGAAGAUAAUAAUGACAAUGAAGAACAGAUACCUACAGAUGAUCAUCAGAUCACAAGUUUUACACCAUCGCCUCAAAAUCAUGACCAUGGCGGUUUUACUAAUUUUGAUGUUAUAACUGCACCUCUUACAGAGGCCGAAAGAACUACUUCCAACUCAAUGCUACCUCCACAACAGCAUGUUCCAAUCAUGCCGUCACCAUUAAAUAAUACCAUUAAUAAUUAUCAAACUACUAUUCAAAAUAAUCAGUGGGCUCCAACACACCAACAAAUGCCAAUACACCAAUCUCAAUCGAUGUCAUCUAUCUCAUCAACUAUACAUUCCAGUAGUACAACUAGCGCUAACCCAUCAAAUUCAACAAUAAGUUGGCAACCUAACCGGCACCAACAGCAAAAACAAACACCAAUAUUAUCCAAUAUUCAAAUGCCAGAUUACUCCAAUAUUCCUACAUCUACACUGAUUUCACUCCUACCUCGAGUGAAAGUUCCACCUGGUGCAUAUCACUCUUUAAUAAGGGCAGGUUUCCAACCAGAUCAAAUUGACGCCAUCUCGGCUAUUAUAGCAUAUAAUGAACAACAGAAGAGUCAUGCGGCACUUACUAACCCAAAUAAUAAUAAUAAUAAUAAUCUGAAUAUUAAUGAUCAAUUACGAACAGAGAGUGGUGCCGAUGUUUUGUUACAACUAUUAUCUAACGGCGCACCUCAAAAGGAACAAGAAACAAGCACGGUCUCCCAUUCAACUUUACCAUUAAAGCGAAAUAAUCAAGGUGUUCCGCUGCAGAGUGUUUCUGGAAAUGAUAAGCCUCCAAGAAGUGAAGAUGAGAAGGAGGGUGAAUCCAGUAAUAAGAAAGCAAAACUGCAAAAAGAUAAGAAACAAAAGGAAGAAAGUCUGGAAAACUCUAUAAGGCAGUUGGGUGAUUUAGCGCUAGAACUACAAAUGAAAAUUCAUUCGCUUGAAAUGGAAAACAAACUAUUGAAAAAGAUGGUAUUAGAAAGUGAGAAUGAAGGAGGAAAGGAGGGAAUGGAUAAAGAAGAUGGGAAAAUCAAGACUAAUGAUUAA